AUGCCUUGCUUCUCGCGCACUAUCGAAUUUAAACCAAAGAGCUACGGAGAGACAUCAUUGAAAAAAGGGACUGAGCCUCGAAAACGCUGGCUGAGCCUCGUCUCGCGGAUCUCACAGUCAAAGUGGCAUAUCAAAGUCGCUUAUUAUGGGACGCUUCAAUCCGACCAGUCCUCCGCACCCUUCGCCAAAGUACGGAAACGGCGAGAAGAUCUACAGAAUCUCUGUGUUCAUAUCGAUUUCGACUACAUACAGCUCCUGGAUGACACGGUUACAGAGCUUUACAUAACGCGUGAUCACAAUGCUGCUACUGUUCAAGGCCAGAGGCUCCGGUUAAAAACACCGCUAGACACAGGAAAUGAAUACACAGCCACCGUCGACCAUCUAUGGGUCCAGAUACAAGAGGACCCAUCUCGAGUACGGUUUCCAUCCUUUGGAAGUGGCGGCAAUAUACCUAUAAAAGAUCUGUCAGGAAUUAGGAAGGAAAGGGAACUCGCUCCAGGGGUGUACGAAGUGCACAUUAACGGCGACGAGGAAUUAUAUGUCUACAAGGAAAUUGGCAGGCCUCUUUACGAGCCAAGGGAUAGUAAGGUUUUGGAACAAGAGCUACGAAACUUAGAACUGUUUCGUGGCACGGAAGCUGUCGUUCAACUGAUCGCUGCUGUCAUCUCUAAAAACCCGUACGAAACUACCGAUGGCUACGAAGAAGACAGACCGGCCGUCUUACGCGGGAUCAUUCUCGAGCAUCAUCCAAACGGCACCAUACAGGAUGCACUGCGGUCACAAAAGAGGAAACGCCCGUGGGGACAAUGGGCACUGCAGACAGCCAUUGCGCUCGACCUUCUUCAUCAGAGGAACGUUCCGAACAUGGAUCUAAAACCCGCAAACAUCGUCAUCAGCAAAGAGAAUAACGCUGUCCUCAUUGAUAUUAGUGGGAUUGGAGGCGUAACUCAGGAAUGGCUAUCGCCAGAAAUGCAGGAUCUAGACGACCCAUUAUCUCAACCCGUGGAAGCAAGAAUACAGAAUGAUAUCUGGGCACUUGGAAAGAUGUUCUCAAUGAUGGCAAUUGUUUCAGGCAAUGAUACGGAAAACCAGCUCCUCAGGAGUAUUGCGAUGGAUGCUACCGCACAAGACCCCCAUUUGCGACUCCCUCUUCGCGAGAUUAUUUCCAAACUUUCAAAAGAAGGUAUCCUUCAGAAUUCACUCCAGUCAAUCGCUUCAGGGUCAAAUCCGCCGUCUGUGCGGUCGUCUAUGUAGUGUUUAGCGUAGUUCUCAAGUACAUGCUAGGCUACGAAUAGUGACUGACUGGGACCGUCGCGAAUGAGUCCAGGCUUCUUAUCGCAUCCCUCGAUAACUCUGCAAGUUCCGGCGCGGACUAUCAUAACAGCGAUUUGGGCUGCUGCCUGGCUCCGGCUCGCUGCGGCUCGCUGUGGUUAGGGAGCUAGCCAAUAUGGCCCAGCGGCCGCCUAGCUGGUGAUAGGAUGUAGGAACUUUUCGGCAGAUGAACAAAGGUUGAUGAUGCAAGGGAAUUUGGAGCGGGUCGCGAAUCUGCAGGAGU